AUGGCCCAAGACCAAUCUUCGCUUUUGCUGAAAAAGCAGCUCAAUGAGUUGAUGAAAAAUCCAGUCGAAGGUUUUUCUGCUGGUUUAAUAGAUGAUGACAUUUACCGCUGGGAAGUGGUCAUUAUUGGUCCUCCGGACACCUUGUUUGAGGAGGGUUUAUUUAAGGCUCACUUGGUCUUCCCCAAAGAAUAUCCUCUCAGGCCACCAAAAAUGACUUUCAAAUCAGAAAUUUGGCAUCCAAAUAUUGACAAAGAUGGUAAUGUUUGCAUUUCAAUCUUGCAUGAACCUGGAGAGGACAAGUUUGGCUAUGAGAAAGCAUCAGAACGUUGGUUGCCAGUACACACAGUCGAGACUAUAUUAGUCAGUGUGAUAUCUAUGCUAGCAGACCCUAAUGAUGAGUCCCCAGCUAAUGUGGAAGCUGCUAAAAUGUGGCGAGAACAUCCUGAUGAAUUUAAAAGAAAAGUAGGCAAAUGUGUUAGAAAAAGCCAAGAAGAAUUUGUGGAUUAA